AUGGGAGCGGACGACGAGGUUCAGGUCUUACAAUCCUCCAGAGGGCCACCGGUUCAGUCGGCGGACGACGACGAGGAUGACGAUGAAGAUGACGAUGGUGAAGGCGGAGACGACGAUGACGAUGGUGAAGGCGGAGAUGACGAUGACGAUGACGACGACGACGAGGAGGAAAACGAUGACGAGGAUGAAGACGGUGAAGAAGAGGUAAUAUAUGUCCAAAUUUAUAUAAUUUUCUGCAUAUACUUCAUUUCUCUCAUCUGGGACUGGGUUGCGUUCUCUGUUGGUGCCGGAGAUAUGGGUCCCACUUCAUCGUCCGGUGUCAGUAACAUGCAAGAUCUCAGAUGUUAUAGCGCCUCCUAUGCAUCCUCCGUCUACCCAACACAAUCCCAAGCCCAAACCCAGGUCGGCAACAAUGAUGUUCGGUUCAAAAAGGGCAAGUCUGCAAGUGGGUCUGUUUCUAAGAGCUGGAGUUUCAAUGAUCCGGAGCUGCAACGAAAGAAGCGAGUCGCUAGCUAUAAGGUUUACAGUGUAGAAGGGAAAGUUAAAGGCUCUUUCAGAAAGAGUUUCAGGUGGCUCAAGGACAGGUGAACACUUCUCUCAUCUGGGAC